AUGCUUCACCUUCACUCCCUAGUCCGCCGCCAUGCGCUCCUUCCAUCGAUCCAACUCCGCCGUCUCUUCUUUUCCACCGGCGCUUCCGCCUCCUCCUCAGUCGCCACCGCUUCUACCGAUCCCCACUUCCUUGUCGAGUUCCUCGUGAAUACAUGCGGCUUCUCCGCCGACGAUGCUUCCAAGGUCUCCAAGUCGCUCCCCCGUAUUCGGUCCGCCGAGAAGGCUGACGCCGUUCUUCGAUUUCUCAGAUCCCAGGGCCUUGAUGACGCUAAUCUCAGAAAGCUAAUAACUUGGAAACCAACAUUGCUCGGCUGCGAUGUGCAGACGAACCUCGCUCAUAAGUUCAAUUUUUUGCGCGACUUGGGGUUCUCUGAGUCCGACGCCGUCAAUGUCGUUAUGCUGCACCCCAUCAUUCUUUCCCUCAGCGUCCAGAAGACGCUUCUCCCCAGAUUGAAGGUUUGGGAAAGUUUAUUUGGAUCGAGGGAGAUCCUCCUCAGGAAUCUCCGGAGCAGUAAUAGGUUUAUGAGCACCAGCAUUGAGAAUGUGGUACGCCCUAACUUGAUCUUCUUACGGGAUGAAUGUGGUAUUCCUGAAGACAGGGUUUCCCUUGUCCUUAAAAUGCACCCCGGCUUCAUAGUGCAGAAUCCUGAAUCCCUCCGGGCUUUGGUAGAUAGAGCUGAGGGGUUUGGAAUUUCCCGUGAAUCUAAAAUGUUCCUUUGGAUCCUUGAUGUGCUGCACGGGGUCAGCAGGGAAAAAUUUGAGGUCCAAGUCAAGCUCUUGCACAGCUUUGGUUGGUCGAACUCGGAUUUCAUUGCUGCAUUCAAGAAACGUCCAACCUUUUUAUGGCAUUCCACAGAGCUAUUGCAGAGGAAGAUGGAAUUUUUUAUCAAGGAUGUUGAAAUUAAACCUUCUGAGAUUGCUAACCACCCAAUCGUUUUAGCAUUUAGUUUGGAAAAGAGGUUAAUACCUCGAUUUCAAUUGAUGAAGAUAUUGAAAUCUGAAGGGUUAUGGACUUCAAAAAUCAAGCUACAUAGUUUUUUCUCAUUGCCUGGUCCAAAAUUCUUGCAGAGCUUUGUUCUCCCUUACAAAGAUAAACUCCCCGAACUUCUUGAAGUCUUGUGA